CGCGCGCGGUGGUGUGUCGGGAGCGCGCAAGGCGCGCGCACAUACAAUCUGAAAACACCGCAUCGUGCUCUGAUCACCUUCAUCACUCUGCAGUGCCCAGGUCUCAGUGGAUCAGGAAUUAAAGCUGAGCUGCAGUUUUUACUCAGUGACGUCACUGAAGCUGAAGCUCUGAGCACGAGGAAGACGAGGAAGAUGUUUUUACACUGAAACACACCAGUUUAUUUACCUGUUUAUCAGAGAGUCACACACUGAAUUCCCCUCAGUAAAAGCUGUUGGUGUAAAGCUCAGUGAGGAUGAUGAAGGGGUGUCUGCAGUUCCUCAGAGAACCAGCCAAGAACCUGAAGAUCUGCCUGAAGGAAUCGCAGCGGAGAAUAAAAACCGAGAGACGACAAACACUGACUGAGAAUCAGAUCUUCAUCAUGGAGCUCGCAAGAGAACUGAGCUGGAUCUGUCAGAGUUCAGGUGUUUUAGCUCGUGUAUGGAGAGGAGAGGAUGUUUGGUCUGCAGCUGUUUGUCUUCAGUUCAUCACAGAAACUGCGUCGAUUCUGCAGUUGAAGGAGAAGACUGAAGCAGUGUAUCAGACACACACACACCUGUGUGUAAGGAAGCGAGAGUGUGAAGAAGAGCUGCAGUGUGUGGUAGACGCUGAUGAGAACGAGCUGAAGAGAGAGAUUAUGGACUGGACACACAAACAGAGGAACAAACAUCCGGUAACACACACACACACACACACACACACACACACACACAGACACACAACAACACACACACACACCCUCUCUCUCUCUCUCUUUCUCUCUCUCUCUCAGUACGGUAUGACUCUGGGUGAGUCGGUGUUGAAGGUGCUGGAUGAUUUGGAGCUGCAGUGGAAUAAAGGACAAGUCGCUCAUCUUCAGUCUGCACUGGAGCUGCUCAUCUGGAUCCCACACACCGAACAUCUGGACAAGGAGCUCGUUCCUCGACUGUGGCUCAGAAACAAACAGAAGAUUCACAACAUCAAUGCUGUUAGUUAUAUUCCACAUACCGUGUGGAAGUGGAUUUGUGAUGCUGCAGUCGAGGUGACCUUUGACCCCGAGACGGCUCACCCCGCCCUCCUCAUCUCUGAGGACCGGAAGCGUCUGCUUUGCACUCCCGAGCCCCGCCCUGUCACAUCCCACCGGCGUCGCUUUAAUGGCUGGUUUUGCGUUCUAGGCGCUGAGCGGUUAUUGUUUGGGCGGAGCUAUUGGGAGGUGGAGCUCGGCGAAUGGGAUUGGCGAGUGGGCGUGGCCAAAGAGUCAGCCGUUCUGGAAGGCUAUACCUCUCUGAACACACAGAGCGGCUUCUACACACUGCGUCUGGAGCGGGGGAGUGAGAUGAAGGCCCUGACCACGCCCACCAUGCCGCUCCCCUACAGGCCACGCCCACCACGGCGGAUUGGAGUGUGUGUGGACUACGAGGAGGGGCAGAUAUCAUUUUACGACGUUCACACUCACACACACAUCUACACAUACUGCGAAACACUGACGGAGCCGGUGUACCCAGUGUUCGGCACCAACGAGAUCCUCACACAAAUGCAGAUACCACACCCACAGGCUUGUAAGGGGGCGUGUCCCUUCUGCUGAGGCCCCCCCCACAACACACACACAAAAUUAUGAUCAUUGUGGCUCAUACUGAUCAAUAUAUGCACACUACAAACAUUUCUAUGUGUGAAUGAUGUCACAAAUGGUGGGUGUGUCUGGCAUUGUAGUGGGUGUGGUUAUAGGCACAGAAUUAUAAUAAUCCCUCUCAAAGCUACAUUGCUAACAUUAGCAUGGAUCCUGAUGAGCUUAAUAUUAACAAAAUUGCAAAAUGCUGCUUGGUUGAAUGAUAAUGAAUCAAGUUGUACUUUUUACCCUCGUCUGAUUGGCUAAGCACAAUACAGCCUCAUUUACAUAAAUUGAGCGCUGAUUAAUUUUAAUUGGUAGUGUUGAAGGUGGGUGUGUACGAUUAUGCUAAUCAGAACAGACAUGAAAUGUAACUGAAGGCUGUUGCUAAGUUCCUGUUUAAAUUUAUAGCCAUCAAUAUUCAAAUAUGCAAAAUGUGAUCAUGUUUAUUAAAGAAGUUUGCGUUUAAGUUUACAGAGUUGCUCAGUGGCGUAUAACUGAGUGCUGCUGACCCCCAGUGGACAGUGUCAGUACUGCAGUAUCGAGGUUUUUCUCUGUAAACAUAAUUAUUCACCAAAAUGUUCCUUUAUAAUGAAAAACAUUAAAUCUAUAUUAUUUAUUAUUUACAGUAUGAA